AUGCCUAAUAUUGGAGACCGGAUCCCAGGACAGGCCAUCCCCAGUACAGCUGUAGGGAGUCUGGAGUACCAUACCACCAACAGUGGGAGUCUGGAGUACCAUACCACCAACAGUGGGAGUCUGGAGUACCAUACCACCAACAGUGGGAGUCUGGAGUACCAUACCACCAACAGUGGGAGUCUGGAGUACCAUACCACCAACAGUGGGAGUCUGGAGUACCAUACCACCAACAGUGGGAGUCUGGAGUACCAUACCACCAACAGUGGGAGUCUGGAGUACCAUACCACCAACAGUGGGAGUCUGGAGUACCAUACCACCAACAGUGGGAGUAUGGAGUACCAUACCACCAACAGUGGGAGUAUGGAGUACCAUACCACCAACAGUGGGAGUCUGGAGUACCAUACCACCAACAGUGGGAGUCUGGAGUACCAUACCACCAACAGUGGGAGUCUGGAGUACCAUACCACCAACAGUGGGAGUAUGGAGUACCAUACCACCAACAGUGGGAGUCUGGAGUACCAUACCACCAACAGUGGGAGUAUAGAGUGCGUAGCGAGGGUCUGGAGGUAG